AUGCCUACUUCAAGAGGAACCUUUGCGCACAACGAUGGCAAUAAAUUCAUUUCCACCUUUUUUAUCGACGGAUCACCACUUGUUUGUCUAGGGCAGUUUACGCCCGAAAUUCAACCUUUCAACACAAACAAUGUCACCAUUACAUACCACAGUCCCAAUGACAUGGCUUCUAAUCAUCAAUUCAAUGGACACAUCGGACCUUCCGAUAUCGAAUUGACUUUCGUUAACGGUGUUACCGUCAAGGGUAGUCUCAACGAACCCAUCGUCUCCGGUCACGGCUCUGGGUCCGGCCAGCACGUCAAUGGAACCGGUAUGUGGAUGCGGCACUAA